AUGCCGAGGCAUCCGCGUCUUCCAUCUCCCAAAGUUCAUGCACCGUCGCCAUCUGGCUCGGAAACCCUUCAAACUUCCAAGCGGGCGGGUUUCACCGAGGGGAUUGCAUUGUCGGACUAUGACGCAAAAGAGAUUGGCCUGACUUUGGGUGUCGCUGGUGAAACUGCCCCUGAGGACACGGACGCUUUGAAGGCCCAGACCACUUCCGACCAGACUGACUUGACCUGUGGGAAGUGGGUGAUGGAGAGUCUCGUCGGCUUCACCGUCCUUACUGUCGAUGACACCAAUCGGGACCACAGGCUCUAG